AUGUGGAAAAGAAUCGUCAGUGCUUGGAACGGAUCAGAUGAAGUAGACUCCCCUCAUCAUCAUAGCAGUACCACCACAACAUCUUCAUCAUCAGAAUACAAAAGUCCAAUAUAUAACUUCCAACAAAUGAAGGAAAUCGUCUAUCACCCUGACCCAUCCGUGACCUUAAUCGAUUGUAGAGAACCAUCCGAAUUCGAAGUGGUAAGAAUUCCAGGAUCUAUUAAUAUCCCAUUCAGAACUCAUCCAAAUGCAUUCAUUUUAGAUGAUCAAGAAUUCAAAGAAACAUUUGGUGUGGAUAAACCAAGUAAGGAUAGCGAAUUGAUCUUCUUCUGUGCAUCUGGAAUGAGAGCUUCUAAGGCUCAAAAUGUAGCAGUUCAAUGUGGAUAUGAAAAUACAGCUUUAUACAAAGGGUCCAUGAAUGAUUGGGUUGAUAACGGUGGUGAUCAAUUACAAUUCCAUUAG